ACAGCUCCUCAGAGCUGAGGCCCAGGUGGGCUUUGUGGCCUGCUCCCUCCCUUCUCCCUCCCUCACCCCAGUCAGGUCCAUGGCUGCUGAGGGUAUCAGAAGCACAAAGCCCAUCCAUCCUGAAGAGGGCACAGAGGACUGCAGCCCACCCCAUACCAGGCCAAACUUGGGACAGGGAGCCCAAGCUCCCUUGGGUCAUUUUAUAGGGUCCCCAGUAGAGACAGGGAUGGUGGGAGGUCCUGGGGGCAGGGAUUUGCACCUGAUAUGGGGCGAGGCCUUGACCUGUGUGUAGCUAUCAGGUGUGCUGUAGCCUUAGCUCAAGCAGUGCUUUUAGAGUGUGGUAUGUGGUCCUAGCAUGCAAAGCAUCAUCUCAGGUGCCAUUGGAGGAGACCUCAAUGGGGAGAGACCCACCCUCUCAGGUCAUCAGGUACCACCUGCACACCCAAUCGCAGGCUGUUCUCACAAUUAACACUCGUCCUCCAGCUGUGUUGACUACCUCCAAGGAACACCUUUGUUCUGGCAGUGGAGAUCCCCACCUGGUGUCCCUCAGCCACAUACACCUGUGGUCAGAGUGGAGGUGUCAGCUGGACAGCUGAUGAUAGACCACCAUCCCUCUAGGCCUGCAUGAGCAAAGUGGCAGGGUGGCAGGAUCCAGGGCAAACCAGGCUUGCUGGGAGUCUGAGCUGGGUCACCCAGUGCAGACUUGACUUCUCCUAUGGGGCCUGCUGUUCCACACCCAGCUGGGGUCAGGGAGCUGGGCCUCUUCUCUACCCAGUCAAGGGAUCCUACAUGUGGACCUUCCCAAGAACUCACCUCCCAGGACCAGAGUGGGUGUGGUUGCCUUGCAGCUGGGCCCUCCCCUGCCACCCACCCCACACCCAGUGGCCAGUUAUAAAACAGGAUGUCCAACCACAUCCAGCUGUGUUACCUGAGGGAGCUGGCUGAGCGUAAUACCACUGAUGAAGAUGGAGCUACUUGCAAAAGAAAGACCAAGCCUUGAGGUACCAAGGGUGCUUGGUAUAGGCUCUGUCCCCAUGCUUUGUUCCUGGGGGGAGCUGUGUAGAUGAGGGUAGGUGAGCUCUUGGAUCUGCCUGGCCUGAAGUGCAGGGCUGCAUCCCACCUGGUGGUGCUUGGUGGGCAUAUAGUGGACAGAGCCCCCAAGAAUAUUCCAAAGACUGUGGGAGCAGGGUGGACACACAACAAUGGGCAACCACCACAUAAAUGUGAUCCACAUGUGUUGGUCACACCACAUAUGCGUGGAGCCAGGCAGAAAGAGGCUGGUGUGGUCUUGUCUCUGCAGGAAGAGAGUAGGAGGUCUGUGGAGCACACACAGGCUGGGUUAUGGAUCCUCCUGUCACAUGGCCCCCUGAGUGAGGGUUUGGUGUGUUUUGGGCAGGCUCCCAGUGUUUAUGAGUGUAUAUGUGUGUGUGCAUGUGUAUGUUCUAGUACAUGUGCUUGUAUGCACCCAUGUGAGUGUCUGAGCCUCUCGGGUCUUGGAGGACAGCUCUGGUGCCCAGGUGAGCCCAUGACUCAAGCUCUGUCUUGGGAAUCCGGGCCCUGCCCAAUCACCAAGCAGCCCUGGAGUCUCCGGCUGCUCCUCUAAGACCACUCUGGAUUUUUCCUUUCUCUGGGCCCUCUGCUUUUGCUUCCUGUAACACGCAGCUGACCAUCCUACCUUACCUAUGGGGCUUGAUAUGAUGUGGCACAUGUGUGAGCAGAGCUCUGCUGCAUGUGCAGGCAUGAGCUCUUGGCCAGGGUGCUUCAGGGAAUGUGAAGGCCACAAACCUGAGGGAAGAGGCCUAGGGUCAGCUCCACCUGUGCAUCUAACAGCCCCUGAAGCUGGCUAGCUUGCUCUGCUCUGUGACCCUGAGCACACUGAGCAGCUUGCUCAAGCAUAUUUGGUGGGCACAGGAUGACUGGGUGGCAGCAGAUGCCUACUUAGGGGUGGGCAGAAGGGUAGAGGAGGAACUCUGCAGGCUGUAUCUGGGCACCCAAAGACUUCCUGAUUCAGAUCAGGAUAGGGACUGUACAGAAUGUCUUCAUGGAUCUUGUUCCCUGACUCAGAACCUGUCAGGCCCAGGGUACCCAAGAACCCAGUUGUCUAUGCUGGGAAGACUGGGCCCUGGGCAUGUCCCAGGACACCAGAGCCCAGGACAAGGUAGGAGUGAGGCAAUCAAGCCAGCCUUAGCAGCAACUCAACCUCCCUGGACCCCCAGGUCCUAGCCCCCAGAGAUGGCUAGCCCACUGGCCCACUGGUUCCUGAGCCCACCUGUCCUGAAGCCUGAGAUCUUUCUUGGACACUCAUCUACCAAGACAAUGCCCCACUCUGGACCUUCAGUGCUGAACAAUAUUUCAGCCUGACCUUAACCCACACUUGGCCAGAUAAGCCUGACAGUACCGUCCUAAUCAAAGCAGCUACCCUGGCAGCUGCAGAUUGGCAGAGGCCACUGAGACCAAGAGACAGUCUUCCCCCGGGGCCAGGACCACACGACCAGGGUCAUAGCCCUUCCCAUGCAGGUCACCUGGGUCUGUCCCUCCCCACAGCACAGAUUCAUGGCUUCACUCUCCUACAAGCACGAGUCUGGUGUAGUGUGCUGCCCACCACCAAGCUCAGCUCUGGCCCAUGGUCACCCUGGUGGGGGGGCAUCCUGGGAGGAAGGAUGCAGGAUUGGUCUCAGUGAGGACCAGCCUGUGAUGGGGCCUCAUUCAAGUGUCCCAAGUGUGUGUAGGCACAGAGAAUAGAAGGAUGCCAGGCCCCUUGCUGGAGCCCUUGCUGGAGGUUCAGGUUGGGCUGGGUGGCAGGCAGACCCUGUUAAGGUUUGCUCCUUGGAUACAGGUUGGAAUCAUGGCCCAAGCAGCCAGCACAGGGUCUGGAACCUUGGAAAUCCCCUUGGGCCAGCCACCCAUGCCACCCCUGGAGCGGGGUCACAGGGAGAAACUAGUGGAGAUUCACACCUCUUUUGGGGAGCUGCUCACCUUCUUUUGCAAAAACACCACCAUCCAUGGCACCAUCCGAUUGGUCUGCUCCAGCCCAAACCGGCUCAAGAAGGUGUCCUGGGGGCUGCUGCUCCUGGGGACUCUGGGGAUGCUCUACUGGCAGCUCGGGCUCUUACUGGAGCAGUACUGGCGCUAUCCAGUCAUCAUGGCAGUGUCUAUUCACUCGGAGAGAAAGCUCUUCCCAUCUGUCACUCUUUGCGACAUGAAUCCACAACGGCCAGGUUCCCUCCACUACCAUCUAGAGGCACUGGAUGCAUUUGCCCAGGAGAGUAUCUAUUCACUCUACAAGUUCAACUUUACGGAGGGCAGGGACACCCCAUUCCCCAAUGUCCCUGACCCAAAGUCCCCAUUCAAGCUGGACCGAGGAAUCCAACUGCAGUGGCUGAAGCAUCUGGGCAACCAGCACAAAGUGGGCUUCAAACUGUGUAACAGCACAGGUGGCGAUUGCUUCUACCGCACGUACUCAUCAGGCGUGACAGCUGCCCAAGAGUGGUACCACUUCCAUUACCUGGACAUCCUGGGCCUGACACCCACUGCCAGGGAGGACAGCCACCACAGUCAUUUUGUCUUGUCUUGUCGCUACAACAGCGAGGACUGCCAGGCUCAGCACUUCCGGAAGUUCCACCACCCUACAUAUGGCAGCUGCUACACCUUCGAGGGUGUCUGCACAGCACAGCACCCAGGCAUCACCCACAAGAUCAACCUGAUCCUCAGGACAGAACCGCGAGUGGGGCUCCCUCUGCUGUCUACCGAGGCCGACAUUAAGGUCAUGAUUCACGGACACAACCAUACGCCCUUCCUGGAGCACCGGGGAUUCAGCGUCCGGCCUGGGACUGAGACCACUAUCGGCAUCCGCGAGGACGAGGUGCGCCGGCUUGGGAGCCCCUACAGCCGCUGCACUGACGGCGCGGUGAGCGUGGAUGUGCCUCUGCUCUACAACUCCUCCUACACCCGGCAGGCCUGCCUGAUGUCCUGCUUUCAGCAGCUGAUGGUGGAGAGCUGCUCCUGCGGCUACUUCCUCCACCCCCUGCCGGCGGGAGCCCAGUACUGCAGCCGCGCGCGGCACCCGGCCUGGGGUCACUGCUUCUACCGUCUGCACCAGGCCCUGGAAACCCACCGGCUGUCCUGCGACUCCCGCUGCCCCAGGCCCUGCAGGGAGACUUCGUACAAGCUGUCCACCACGACUUCCCGGUGGCCUUCGGCCAAGUCAGCUGACUGGGUCCUGGAUGUGCUGAGAGGGGAGACUCCGAGCCUGAGCCUGAGCCCAGGGCGAUCCCAAGCCCCCCGGAGCCACGAGGCCAAAGUGAACAUCUUUUACCAGGAGCUCAACUACCACAUGGUGGAUGAAGCACCUGUGUACUCGGUGCCGCAGCUGCUGUCUGCCAUGGGGAGCCUCUGGAGCCUGUGGUUCGGCUCCUCUGUCCUCUCUGUCAUAGAGCUGCUGGAGCUACUGCUGGAUGCCACAGCCCUCACCCUGCUGCUGGGCUUCCGCUGGCUGCAUGGGGCACAGGUGUCCCAGCCUGAAACCAGCACUGUGUCAGUGCUACCCUGCACCUCGCCUGCGGCCAGAGGCUGUGGGACUAAAAUCAGAGACCCUGGGCACCCAGUGGUGGCUCUGGAGAGGGUCUUGAUGGAGGAGUUAGGCUGAGCUCCAGCACUCAUACCCUCACCAGCCUUGCCAGAACAUCUGGUCCUGGGCCUAGCCCUGGGAGUUGUGCACAGGAGUGUCCCCCGGCCAUUCAACAUCAAGGAAGCAGCAUGACCCAGCUGGAAGGCUGGUCAACAUCAGGCCCACUCAACACAUCAGGGCCUCUCUUUGCCCACCCUCCCCGGGGGUGGCCACUUCAGUCUUCAGGAAGCUCAGGACAGGAAGGAAGGGUGUUCUUAACUCUCCAUACACCUAUAUCCUAGAUAUGAACCUAGAGCCUCUAUGAGCAAGUGUGGCCAGAGGUGCCUCUACCUCCUGGUGUGUCUGAUUGGUGUCUUGUCUCUGUUUCUAAGGGAAUUGGCUCUGUCUGUACCUGUGUGUAGGUACGAGGUUCUGGCAGAGCCUGCCUUAGCCUCAGGGCAAGCAGGGAGGAGUGUGCCCCGAUCCUAUGGACUGCUCUGUAAUAAAACUGGGAGUAAAAAAAUAAUAAAAUAAUAAAACUGGAA